AUGUGUUUAGACCAAAAUAUUGGUUUAAUAAAAUCGAGCAAUCAAUUGAAAAGUGCCGUUGGAGGACAAACCGAUCCACAUAAUGCUACUCCUACGUCACCAAAUGAACGUGAUAUUGGUAAUUUAAUUAGAUUUCAAGAACUGUUGGAUACGAACUUCUUUGGUAUUCCAGAAAACUUAAAAGCAUUUUAUGAAAUUGAUCCAUGUUUAGAAUGUAUUGGAGAGAAUUUAGCGAAUAGAAAACAAAUAUUUUUCAUCACUUCUGGUACGAUGGGAGAAAAGAUUCUUCCAAAAAUCGCCGAAUUAUAUCCGCCAUUACAACAAAUUUAUCUCUUCUGUGCAGUGGCGUAUCCAGGAUUUUUAGAUCAAUGGGCAAACUUCUCUUAUGCUAGAAAAAAAUGA